AUGGACAAGGAGAAAGAUAGGCCAGAUGCCGGGCUGAGGUCGCUCAAUCACUACAAGCUCAGACUGCCACCAUGGCGCUAUCUUUUGAGAGAACAACUCCUCCCGGUUGUGCGUUGGGAGACUCCCUACGUCGCCUGGCUACAAGACACGCUGCGAACUCCAGCCUUUGACACAUAUUUUGCGACGUCGGCAAACCUGGGCACGCACACUUUCUUCAUGGUUAUGCUGCCUAUCCUCUUCUGGUGUGGGAAUACAAAUCUGGGGAGAGGGAUGGUCCACGUUCUGGCUUCAGGAGUUUUCUUCAGCGGGUUUCUGAAAGAUCUCCUCUGCCUCCCCCGACCGCUCUCUCCGCCGCUCACUCGAAUCACCAUGUCUGGGUCUGCCGCCCUUGAAUACGGCUUUCCCUCCACACACUCGACUAAUGCGGUCUCGGUUGCCGUUUACUCCCUCUGGCUUCUCCGGCACGAAUCCAACAACCUGGACCCGAAUCUCAAUCUCGGUCUGCAGAUUUUAGCGUACUUCUACGCCAUUUCUAUUGUGCUUGGGCGGCUGUACUGUGGGAUGCAUGGUUUCUUUGACGUCAUCUGGGGCAGCGUUCUCGGUGCCCUGAUAGCUCUGGUUCAAUGCUUUUAUGGGGAGGCGUUUGAUGACUGGCUCCACGGUGGCGACUUGAAACGAGUCGUGCUUGUUGUUCUGGUCGUCUUGGUCCUGGUUCGCAUCCAUCCUGAACCGGCAGACGACUGUCCCUGUUUUGAUGACAGUGUCUCUUUUGCGGGAGUCAUGAUUGGCUGUGAAUACGCUGUUUGGCACUUUGCCCGCACCACCUAUGCCUGGUCCACUCCUGCCAAAGGCACUAUCCCGUUCGAUCUUGAGAAGAUGGGCUGGAUCAUGACAUUGGCGCGCAUUCUACUUGGAGUCCUGGUGAUUUUUGCAUGGCGGGGCAUCAUGAAGCCCACCCUACUGAAAAUACUCCCACCGAUAUUCCGUGUCAUUGAACAGCUUGGUCUUACCCUACCACGACGAUUCUUCAAACCCGCGUCAGAGUACGAAACCAUUCCGCGGCAACCUAAUGACGACAACAUCAUCCCACCCGCACGGGAGAUUCCUCACCUGCUAUCAACGUUCCGACGCCGAAGGGCCAUCUCGGUUGGGCCUCAGUCCGAGGCAGACGCGUACGAAACACUGGCCUACCGUGACAAGAGGAGGAGGGACAGUAAAAAUGCUCUUGAGACGCUCACUCCAACAAUGCAAGGCUCCCCCCAAUCCCCACCUCCUCCUGAUCCCGGCUACUUCCAGACCAAAGAUACCGCUACGGGGAGGAAAAGAUCCAACAGCCUGGAGAUGUUCCGAGCGCAGAUGGGGACAGGGAUGGAAACAUUAUCACCAGCUCCUGCGGCCCCACCCGCCAACGACAGAGCACGCACCCCCGAGGAAGCUCAGGCAAUGGAUGAAUUGCAGGAAAGACAGAUAUUCUUGAGCAUCCAGAAGCCUCGAGUCCGAUACGACGUGGAGGUGGUGACGAAAUUGAUUGUGUAUUCGGGGAUCGCCUGGCUGGCUAUUGAGGGCAUCCCUGUGCUGUUCAAAUACGUUGGCUUGAGCGUCGAUUGA